AUGGUGAGAACUCUGCUGGGCAGACAGCCCUCUUCCUGUCCGCGCUACUGGGCCACACUUCUGCUGUGCGCCUCCUACUGGCCUUUGGCGCCAACCCCAACCAGUGACCGCUGCCUCGAUGGCAGCACACCCAUGCAUGCAGGUGCCUCCUCGGGCCGAGGCUUGGUGUUGUGGCACCUGCUGCAGGCAGGAGGUGAUUUGCGUCUGCGUGACCAGCAGGGUCGCACGCCACGAGAUUGGGCUGAGCAGGGUAACACCAAGCAGAGCUGGGAGGUGCUGGAGCUGGUGCAAUGGUGCCGGACCCACAUGUCAGCUCUGGUCCAGAGUGGGGAGUUGGCGCCCAGUGUGUCCCUGAGUCAGUUGCAAGCUAGCACUGGACACAGCCUGUGUGGCUCCCUGCCCUCACUAAAGCUGGUCCAGGCAGACAGGGCACUGAGGCAAGGGCAAAUCAGAAGGUCCCCCAAAACCCCAGCAUUGGGGUUUGGCCAGUUGAGCAGCCUCCAGCCACCGUCACUGGUAAUGGGCAUCCCAGUAGUAGACCCCAAGGAGCUGGUACCAACCCAGGGUGAGCCCGACCGCACCUACGACAGCAGUUCUCAUACCGUCAUGGCCAACCUCCUGUGGAAGGGCCACCCAGUUACUGCACGGCAGCUGAAGAGCCCUGCAUCCAGCCCCGAUGUGCUAUUGGCUGACCUUCAGCACUGCAGGUUACCAGUCCCAGCUGACCUCUGACUCUAGCAGCCCAGAACCAAGGGGCAUCCUGCACCACCCUGGCCUGUUGCUGCUGAUGGCCCUGAGCCCCUCAGAGGACCUGUCCAGACUAAGUCUGCUCUUCGAGCCAGUGUGGCUGGGUUCCCUUUACUUCCUGCUACACUCUGUGAGAGUGGCUGA